AUGGGCGGUGUACGAGGAAAGUCUCAAGGUUGCGGAACCUGUCGAGCACGUAAAAUCGCGUGCGGACAAGAAAGACCCCGCUGCAGCCAAUGCKUCAAAUCCAACCGCCAAUGCGCGGGCUACCAGCGCGACAAGGUGUUUGUCCUGGUUCAACCCGACGCCAAAGAAUCUGCCCGCACAACCCGCCAGGAGGCCCAGGACAUCGCAAAGAUCAACCGAAAUCCACUCGAUCAAGGUCCCGGACAUGGGAUUAUCAUGAGUUGCAGUAUUCGCCAACACCUCCUGGACGCCUUCAUCGGGCGCUGUCUCCCUCACCCGCGGUUCCGCGCACGCAGCUGGUACAAACCGUGGCUCUUUCUCCUCGCCGACAUCCCCACCAGAUCCAAGGCGCUGGAAUUCUCGACUUUGGCCAUUUCCUCGGCGACCAUCGGUAGGAGAUUCAACGACAGCGCUCUCGUCCAUCAGAGUCUAAGGGCGUACACGAGGGCCCUUCGCGAGAUGCAAAAGGCGCUCUGGAGCGGCACUCUGGUACGCGAAGAUGAGACGCUGGCCGCGUGCUUGGUUCUGAGCUUGUAUGAGCUCAUGGAGUGUCCGGAUAACGGGGCGGAUGCGUAUCAGAGCCACUGCAGAGGAUAUCUGUCGCUGGUCAAGGCGCGUGGGAUGGAUGCUCAUACGGAUGGAAUCGGGCAUGAUCUUUUCGUGGGCGUGAGAUUACAGGGGAUCCUUGACGCGAUUGGCAACCGCGUGCCGAAUUUCAUUUGUGAUCCUGUCUGGUGCCGGGAUCCGUGGGCCUCGCGACCGAAACGAAUGGCCGACCGCAUUGCGGAUUGUCUCGCUCGCAUGCCGUCCAUUCUGCAGCGAUAUGACCAAUUGUCAUCUCUGCACCGGAAGGAAAUUCUGGAUUCAACAUACGGGCUUGUUGAGGAAUGUCUGAGGAUCGAUCGGACUUUAGAGGAUAUCUACGAGGACCUUCGGCUUCAGGUAGAGGGUCCGUUGUAUUGGUCUGUCCUCUCGCCGUCGUUUAGAGACAGUGUUCACGACCAAGGCUUGUUUCCUGUGAUAUACGAAUUUCCCGAUCUCAAGACUGCAACGUUGUUGAUGCUGUAUUGGGCCACGAAGACUAUGCUGUGGGCUACGCUGAGCAACCUGUACGAUGUCAUUCGUCUACAGGGGGUCCAUGCCAUCACUGUCCCCAUCGUUGAAGUAACCGGUGAGAAACAUGAGCCGAGUCCCAAUGGCGACGAAGAUAUUUCAACCGAACGAAAUUCCCCGACUCUGGGCGAUGGACAAAACUACUUGCGAAUGGCACGCAACGUCUGCCAGUCGGUGGAGUACUGCCUGCAAGAAGACAUGUCGCUUCUGGGAAUGCUUGCCGCGUCAAUACCCGUAAUCAUUACAGUAUGGGCUAUCCGGUAUCGGCACAAUGACGAAGCAGAGUUGGCCUGGUUGAUGGGCGCAUCGCAGAAGAUGCGCCAGGGGCUGCAAAUGUGGACACACAUAUGA